AUGAAAUUUUAUAAUUCAAAAUUGCGACGUCGUUCAUUUGUUGCCUUAUCACUUUGUACAACACUUUGGAUACUUUUCGGAUACAAUGGCGUUUUUCUUAACUAUAAUCGAAAUGAAAUCAAUUGUACUGCCAUGAUUUCUGUUGUUCCUCCAAUUCAACUGCCAUCAAUAACGAAGUUUGAUUUGGAAAGCAAUGAAACAGAUCGUGAAGCAUUGGUCACGUUGAUUACUGGUGAUACGUAUGUAGCUGCAGCACUCGUUCUUGGGUAUACAUUGAAGAAGCAUGAAUCCAUGAAAUCUCGUCAACGUGAUAUGAUUGCGCUUAUGAAGCACGAUUUAGUUCUUAGCAAACAACAUCGCAGGAUGCUCGAAGAAGUCGGCUGGAAACUAAUCGAGGCGACGACAUUUUCGUUUCCCGGUACUGUAAUACCACGAUUGAUAGAUGGUUUGCUCAAGUUGCACGUGUGGAGUAUGACGCAAUAUGCAAGAAUUGCUGUGCUAGAUGCUGACGCUAUUGUCACUGGUUCCAUCGAAGAACCGUUCAAGUUCAUGCGAUCAAAUAUGGACAUUCCAUUAUUAGCUGUAAAUUACCUAUUCUGCCCGAAAGUGUUGGAAAAGAAGACAUACAUGACCGCAUAUUUCAAUGCCGGUGUUCUCUUUCUGCGACCCAAUAUUGAACAUUACGAAGCAUUGAUCAAUCUGUCUUCGAAACAAGGCUAUUACCAUCUGAAAUUUCCACAACAGAAUCUGUUGAACACAUAUUUUCUUGGUAAAUGGCUUGGACUGUCGGUUAUUUACAACUAUGUACAUCGUAACGCGGCGUGGUUUACUGACAUGGACAGUAUACGAAUCGUUCACUAUGCGGGUACUCCAAAACCAUGGGAUCAGGCUCAUACUUCACAAGUGAAAAGUGGCGGGGAUUUAUGGCCUGAAGGUGACCUCAUCUGGCAGAAGUUUUUCGUCAACAUGACUCGCGAAUAUGAAUGGAAAAAGCAUCAUUAUCUUGGCGAAAAUCCUUCAAAAGAGCUUGAGCAGAGUUUUGAUUUUGAACGCUUCAAUCUUUAA